GCAUCAGAAACAUUUAGUUUGUCGUUGUGUAAAAUUGGGAGGGAAGUUCUGUGUUAGUUACAAUUUGAUGGUGACCGCUGAAACGUGUGUAUUUUAAGUGAACUAUUCAAACAGUUUGUAUUACAAGAUCAAUAUUAAAAAGAAGAGGAAUAAGAUGACAGCGGUGCCAUCAAUAUUGAAAUUUUUGAAUAUUAACAAUAACUUUAACGUUAUUGAUCAAAACAUUGACAUGCCGACAAAGUCUAAAAAAAGGCGACUGGAUCAUCUAUCAUGGGAAGAAAAAAUACAAAGAAAGAAACUAAAGAAUAGGGUGGCCGCCCAGACAUCUCGCGAUCGCAAGAAAGCAAAGAUGGAACAAAUGGAGGCGGCGCUCCAGGAGCUGUUCGCGAAGAACGAGGCCAUCCUGGAGGAGUGCGAGCGUCUAAAGGAAGCGAACCAACGGCUCGCGGAAGAAAACGCAGAGCUGCACAACAGACUGAGAACGCCAUGCGUCAACUGCACAGCUCAGAACCGUUUGACUGGUGAAUGCGAGGCCGAGAGUGGAUCGACCGUGUCCCUCCUUCGGCCGCGAGGAACGGCCACGCAUUCAGCAGCGGCUCUGAGCAGGCGGGAGACCAGGGCCUGGCUCAGGAUGGGGCUGCUCUGCCUUCUCUACCGGAUCUGCUCGACGAACUCGACAACGAUGUCGACAUUGCUUCCCUUGAACAACUCACGCAAUCUCUCCUCCAAGACAUCGCCAGAGACCUGGAAGCUGCUGCUGAAAAAACAGAUGCUCAAAUGUGUUGAUGACAUUAAUAAAGCCAAUUUGCGUAUCGAAACAAGGGAACAGUACAUGAAUCAACUAGUAACAACCAAGUGGUGGGGCAGGCAUCAGAAGAAUUGGAAUCCUGUGGAAGUCAGGUAAAAGAGUCCACGGUGGAAGAAAUUUCCAAAUACUUGCUGCUCCAUCACAACUACAGUGCAAGACCGCAGGAUGAACCAACACCCAAGAAACGUAAAUCAUCCACAAACAAAUACAAAAAGAUUGUUCCCAAAGAAGUACAUGAGGAGGCACCAGCAAACAUCAUCACGAUUGAUCCAGCUAACGUAACUGCUACACUUACAGAUAAUAACGAAGUUGUGUACUACACGUACGACGAAAAUACCAAUUCUCUUGUUCUGUAUACCACCGAAGACGCCGAGGUGGAGGUCGUAACGUCCGAGUGCGGCGAUUUCGACAGUUCCUCUUCGGAAUCCGGAUACGAAUCGCACGGAUCACCACACAACAGCGAAGACGAUGAUAUCUGGGACAAGAGCAUAUCGGAAUUAUUUCCCACGUUAGCUUAAUCAGUUUUCACACAUGUAGACUAGAAUAUACUUAUUCCUAAGUUAAGUUAUUUAAUUUUUGUAUUUGUACAUUAAGGAUUGCAUUAAAUGUAUUGAGCAGCA